GUUAAGAUGCAAUUCGGACUUGUUCCUCAAGAAGGGUUCAAACCUUGGGCCUCUGCUAUUGAGGACAGAAACAUCAUCAUGGGACCUGCCUUUUCUGAUCAAAGCAAUUGUGAGGUGAUAAUGAUGGUGGAUUUACCUGCUUCAGGGAAGACUACAUGGGCAGAAAAAUGGGUGGAAGAGCAUCCAGAAAAGCGUUAUGUUUUGCUUGGAACAAACUUGAUUCUUGAUCAGAUGAAGUUGAACGACUGUGGUGAAAGAUUUGAUCGCUUGAUGGAUCAAGUAACCGGAGUAUUCAAUGUGCUGCUAAAGAGAGCAGCUAUUAUUCCUCGCAAUUAUAUAAUUGAUCAAACAAAUGUUCACAAAAAUGCACGUAAGCGUAAGCUCAAGCCAUUUGCUGACUAUCAAAAGAUUGUUGUUGUUGUAUUUCCAAAGCCGCUCAAGGUGCGGUGUGAUAAAUGA